UACAGUUCAAUUCGCCUACAAGCGCGCGCGUCGCCGCCGGACCCGGCGCGCUGACGUCACCCCGCCACGCACCGACGGGCUCGGUGUGGAGGAAUGUGCGGAAACUUCUCUCAACUCUCGCUCAGUGUUUCUAGGUGGGAGAUAACGCACGGCGACGACAGGAGGCCGCGACCGGGGGUUUUCCGCACGGCCGCUCGUCCAGAGGAAGCACUGCACCUGGCAUGGCCGCCCAGACCAUGUUCUCAAUGGGCAUGUUCCCGGUGGGGACACCCAUAAUGGAGGACAACCAGAGCCUGAGUGAGCUCCCCAGGAACCACCUCCCAGUGCCCCAGCUGGUGAUGCUGGCCAAUGUUGCCGCAGUGACUUCUGCAGAGGCAGGUGGCUGUGACAGCAGCGUGGCUGAUGAGAAAGAGAUGAUGGAGCUAAAGACUGUGGGCUGCAACUACUCAGACAGCGAGGAUGAGAGCAUCAUCAGGUACAGCUAUGACAAUCAGAACCACAGGGAGGUCUGCAUUAUAGAGUACCCGGAGUCCCCGGUUCCAGGAGCUCUCCCUGUGGUGGUGGAGAACAACUUAAGACCAGGCCAGGAUGAAAACAGAGAGGAUGAUGCCCAAGACCUGUCCCGUUCAUCUGAGCCCUGCCCCCCUGCCAGCCCUAAACCCCCUCCGCUGGGUGCCAAGCGCAAAGUCACCCACGCCAUGGUGGUGGAGGCUGCCAAGAAGAAGAAGCCAUUCCACUGUAAGCCGUGUAACUUUAAUGCUCAGAGUGAGGAGGAGUUUGUGGAACACCUGGGGACACACGCCACCAGCAAGAUGAUGGUGGUGAACCGCGUGGAGGGGAGGACCAGGACCAAGGGGAAGGAGACAGCAGCACCCGGUUGCCAGGCAACAGAGGUGGCUGCGGAGAGUGCAGGGGAGGCAGGGACUGGGAGCGACAGCAAGGGCGUGAUUCGCUGUGAAAGGUGUGGCUACAACACCAACCGCUACGACCAUUACAUCGCCCACCUCAAACAUCACAGUAAAGAGGGGGAAGACCACAGGGUAUUUAAGUGCACACUGUGUCCUUACACCACGGUAAGCCAGUACCACUGGAGGAAACACCUGCGGAACCACUUCCCCAGUAAACUGCACACCUGCGACCAGUGCUCCUACUUCUCUGACCGCAAGAGCAACUACAUCCAACACAUCCGCACACACACCGGGGUGCGUCCUUUCCGCUGUAUGUAUUGCAACUACUCCAGCUCUCAGAAGACCCAUCUGACACGACACAUGAGAACGCACUCUGGUGAAAGGCCUUUCAAAUGCGAGAGCUGUAAUUACCUGGCAGCCAACCAGCACGAGGUCACCCGCCAUGCCAGGCAGGUCCACAAUGGCCCCAAGCCUCUGGGCUGUCCUUAUUGCCAGUACAAGACUGCAGACCGCAGCAACUUCAAGAAGCACGUGGAGCUCCACCUACACCCACGUCAGUUCCGCUGCCCUCUCUGCAAGUAUGCAGCCUCCAAGAAGUGCAACCUGCAGUACCACAUUAAAUCCAGGCACUCUGGAUGUGACAUUGCAAUAGAUGUGUCAAAGGUCAGGCUCCGCAUCAAGAAGCCAGGUUCUGAGACCAGCGAGGAGAAUACUGAGUCAGGUAUGAAUAAGUCUGAAGAGUCCACAAACACUGAGGUCAGCAACCUAGAUGAUGGGGAGGAUGAUGAAAUGGCAUCCAGCCCCAUCAAUCUGUCAGUCAAGAAGACCGGCAAACCCAGCUCCACCCAAACUGAAGGUCAUGUGACUGACAAAGCUCACAAGAAAUGUGAGGUCACUCAGGACAAAGAGAAACCUCAGAAAGUGAAGGACAGUGGCAUGAAAAAGAUCUUAACCAGGCAGAAGAAGAUUGAGAAGGCUGGUGAAAAUACAAAGGAGAAAACAAUUGUGAAAGACGUCCAGAUGGAGGCCCUUCCCCCUACAGACAACAAGGUGAGGAGGCGUCCCAAGAAACAACCAGUGGAGAAAGUUGGUGUCCAGGGCCAGACGCAGCAAAUAAAGGAGUCGUUGAGAAAAGACCAAAAAGAGACAGAAAGAUCAGAGGAAGAGAGAGCAGAGGGGGAGAAGAUGGCUAAAGAAAAGGAGGAAAAGGAGAGAUUUAACAAGGAGAAAGAUGAACAGUUGAAGAAGGAGAAAAGUGGAAAGGCGGUCAAAGGCCUUGUCAAGCCAAGGAAGAAUGGCUUGAAGAAGUCAGAGAAAGUUACUGAGCAUGUUGACAAAGCCUUACAGAAGCAAGUUGGUUCAGAAAAAUCUCCAGUGAAUAAGGUGGGUAAAACCAAGGCUCGGAAGAAGAAAGCAGUAGAGGCUUUGGAUCUGUCAACCAAGCAAUCAUCUGAGGAGACCGGUGCCACCAAGCCCAAACGCCUGAAACUCAAGGUUUCUGACAAGCUGCAAACAAAACUCGGCGAAAAAGAGAAAAUUUGCAGCACUGCUGAGCCCUGCCCAGUCCCGCAGAAAGACAGCGAGGCAAACCAGAUGGUGUCUGUUCCAGUGAAGCCAAGGAAGACCAGGAAGACCAACAAGAACAAGAAGAAAACCCAAAACCAAAAGAAGACCACUGCCCCCAGUGUGGAGCAGAAGGAUUCGGUGAUUGAUGAAAAUACAAGCCCUGUUGAAAAUACCCAGAGUCCCCCAAGGCAGCCUCUCCAGGUGGACGCUCAGCAGGACAUUAUAACACCAGACUCAAACGCUGAACCCAAUCUGUCAGGAGCAAAGCUUUCUCAACCAGCGUCCCCUAAAAAGGAAACGGCUUCCUCAAAACAAACACAGGAAAACCUCUCUGAGAAAACCAAGAAGUCCACUCCGUCAACAAGCUGUAGCUCAGGCGGAGAAACACCCUCUCCCAGUGAAGACAGCCCUCCUUCAACAUUUAGGCAACCAGUUACCAAACCAACAUCGCCCUCUCUGGAGCUUCCAGGCCAGCGCAGGAAACCUACUGACGCAGAGGAGGAUGAGGGCAUCCACAGCAGCCAUGAUGGGGGAAGUGACAUCAGCGACAGCGCCUCUGAGGGCAGUGAUGACUCUGGCCUCAAUGGCACUGGCACAGGGUCAGGGAAGAUGGCAAAUGACCCUGAAACGCCCACCGACGAGAUUCCAACGCCGACUGAGAUGAAGAGUCACAUGUGCAUCUUCUGCGACCGCACAUUCCCUUUAGAGGUGGAAUAUCGCCGCCACCUCAACCGUCACCUCAUCAAUGUCUAUUACAUGGACAACACAGCCAAAGAGAAGUGAGAAAUGGGCUCCUACGUCCAUGGGCACACAUUUUUUUGGUUGUUUUUUGGGGGAGGGGGGUGUGUGGAAAAAGUAAACAUCAGUGGUUUCAGAUCUCACUGCUGCCAGCAAUUUGAAAACUUCUGUGAAUCGCGGCUUUCUUUUGCUAAAAACGACCAUUUCUUAAACUUCUAGUGCUCGAUUCUCUGAAUACACCGUCAGCAAUCACAGGAACGUGCAGCAACACUGAAAACAAGGGGGCGACUGUGCCAUCUAAGUUCAGACACACAUCGGAGAUGUCUAAAGAAACCACCGUUCGCCACUUAGACCCAUCUUUAAGUUCAAGAAUCACAUUCGGAGGACUUUGUCAUUUAUUUUGCACAUAUAAGCAGAUGCACACACCAGCUUGUGCCUAAAUCUUAAAACUCACAAGUGUGACACUUUUGUCGAAAUGAUGUUCACAUAGAUAUUGAGCUGCGGAGUUUGGCAUACUUUUGACACUUUGUGCCAUUUUGCUGAGAUCUAAUAUCCAGUUUAGGUUAAGCAAAAGAAAGCAAAAGGUUAAGUCAAAGCAACAGUGAAACUUUGUAAAUAUUCGUCUACUUUUUUGUAAUUAAGUCCCAUUUUAAGAUGUUUUUUAAUUGCCAAAUUCUUUUACUAUGAUUUCAACUUCCAAAUUAUUUGCUAAAUUUGGAAACUAAAUUCUAUUUUUUUUUCUUAAGAAUUUUUGUACUUAAAUGCGUGUAAAUAAGUUACCCAUAGGUGAUUUUGUGUGUGUGUGUGUGUGUGUGUGUGUGUGUGUGUGUGUGUGAAAUUACACGACAAAGUAACAUAGUCCAGACCCAGAGACCAACUCAAUGAGUUUUAGAAAACAUCAAAUUAUUCUAAAAUCACAACUUUUUUUUCUAAUUAUCUUGAGGCAAAAGGGUAAAUCUUUUUACAGUCCACAUUGUAGAUACCGUUUCACCAUAACAUCACGACACAUCGAUGAAAUUAUUGCCUGAAACUGUUGGAUCCUAUCUCUGGCCUUCUUGACAAGAGUUUGAAAUCCUAUUGCUCAUGGAAACUAUAUCAGUCAUUCAGUUUUUAUGUUCCCUGGUAUCGGUAUAUGACCAGAACAGAUAACUGUGUUAUGAAUGUCAGUGAUGUGUUUUGAUUAUCUUGCACCACAACUAACAAUCAAUUAGCUUCAUCAACUUAUGUUCUCGAUUACCUGGACCAUCUAAGAUAGUUUUCAGAAUUGCACAACAUUUAAGUUUUCACUUGGUCUUUGUUCAGGUUCGCUAGUUUGAAAAUAUUUAAUCACUUGUUAAUUACUGCUUAUAUGGGUACGCAAGCUAAUCUUACACCC